UCUUGCAAAGCGUGUAUUAGCGAGCGUCAGCCUUAGUAGUGUCUAUAAAUUCCAGUGAACUUCCGUUCGUAAGCAUCGACAGUGGAAUUCUUUCACGUCCUGUGAGCGAAUGAGAUUGGUGAAAGCUUGGAUGUGCAUCAAAGUGGCCAAGCUUCCCCCGGAUAACGCUGCCGGCGCCAAUUUCGGGCACCCUGAAGACGGCGGCGGCGGAGAGUACCCAGUGUUUGCUUCGCCGGCGCCGGUGGAAUCAUCGUUGCUGACCUCGUCGUUCUUGGAGAAGGAGAGGUCGGAGAUGGUGAAAGUCCUUGCGCGCGUGAUCGCCGGAGACCGCGCUGGUGUCGGCGGGCAGAAGAGGACUAGGGAGAGCUUCUCGGCAAUCAGCGACGAAUUUCCGAGGUUCCACGUCAGCUCUGCGGAGCCGUCGUCGUCAAUUAGCGGAACAGAGCAUGCCCGUGCUGGAGAAGCGGGGAGAAUCGCUUCCAUCUCCACUGCCUCCGGAACAGAGCAAGGAGGGAGAAGAAAAUACAGGGGAGUCCGUCAGCGUCCGUGGGGGAAAUGGGCGGCGGAGAUACGCGAUCCGCUCAAGGCCGCCCGCGUCUGGCUCGGCACCUUCGACACAGCCGAGGGCGCCGCCCGAGCCUACGACGAGGCCGCGCUCCGCUUCCGGGGAAGCAGAGCCAAGCUCAAUUUCCCCGAGGAGGCUCAGCUCCUGCUACCUUCCUCUGCCGCGUCGACGCAAGCCCCGCCGACGGAUUCCGCUGCUCUAGCUGCCCUCCUGGAGCCGUACCCCGACGGUGACGCCGCCGACGAUGGCAUGAGGGAAUACUUGGAGUACUUGAGGCUUCUCGAGGGAGAAGGAGAACACCGGAGCACGGCGGCGACGCACUCCGCGGCUCCUUCUACCUCGGCCGCUGACGUUGCUCCCUUCCACGAUACAGUUAAGAAAUAGAGCACGAGGUGUGGAAUUUAUUCAAUCUCCGGCAAUUGGAAUGAAUCCGGUCGGCCAUCUUCCUUUUCGGGAUACGGUUUCUUCACUAUUUAUUAUUUAUUUAUUUAUUUAUUUAUUUAAAGGGGAAUCAUAUUCAGCAAUACGAUAAACAAUUAAUUUUAAGUUGUUUAUUACAGGAGAUCGGUAUUAUGACUUGCUCUGAAUUAAAUAAAUAUGUAAUACGGUUGGAGUAGGUCAUAUCCUGUUGCGGUUGGAAUAGAUAUGGAAAUGUAUCGUAGAGGAGGGAUGUAUCAUGGAUGAGGCUGACAAAAGUUAGUA